GGGCCCGGCGGCAGCAGGCCGAGCCCGCAGCCACCACGGCCGCCGGAGCAGCAGGCGGGGAGCAGCGGCCGCAGGACCAAGACUUUAUAUUCAGAGCACCCAUUAAAUUAAGCAAAACAGGAGAACUCCGAGAAGAAUAUGAAAGCCAGCUAAGGAAGCUGAGAGAAGAGAAGCUACAAGAAGAGAAGACAUCUGAGGAUCUGAUUCACAAGUUCAUUCUAGAUGACAUGGACGUAGGGAAAAGAAAAAUGGAGGAACAGCAGAAAAAGGAUGAAUCUGUAGUGCUGAAAGGGAACCAAGACUGUUUUCCUGAACGUCUCUCGGAUUCCGAGAAUGAAGAACCAUUCCAGGGCAAGCAAACCCAUCGGUCAGCUUUUGUUUCCAAGACCAGUGCCUACUCCUUUGCUCUCCUUUCAGGGAAUUUAAUCUCCAAGGUGGAGAGGAGUCAGAGCUGCAAUGACACCAUUCAGGAGAGAUCCAAGAGCAGGCAGAGAUCAGCCCCAGCCAUCAAAACAAAGGUGCUGCCCGCCACGGGCGCGUCGACGCCGCUGCUCGGGGUGCUGUCGUCCACGCAGAACAACCGCUGCCUGUCCGCCCCGGACCUGACGGCCGAGAAGCGCCUGGUCCUCAACGCCGUGUCCUCCCUGUCAGCCCUGCACAGGCCGGAGCGAUCCAUCAGCCCCGAGAGCAACGACAGCAUCUCGGAGGAGCUCAACCACUUCAAGCCUAUCGUCUGCUCCCCGUGCACUCCUCCAAAGAGGCUUCCCGACGGCAGAGUCCUGAGCCCCCUCAUCAUCAAAUCCACCCCCAGAAACCUGAACCGGAGCCUGCAGAAGCCAACAACCUAUGAGGCCAGUCCUAGAAUACUGAAAAAAUGGGAGCAGAUAUUUCAGGAGCGUCAGAUCAAAAAGACUCUCUCUAAAGCAACCCUUACAUCCUUGGCUUCAGAGCCUGGGGAAGACAUUGUGGUUCCUGAUAUCACCAGCUCCAACAGUUGCACUAAGGAGCAGCCACAAGUGCAGGAUGAUCACCUUCCACCUGACGCAACAGGAGAGCCUCGCCCUGAGCUGGAUUUCUUCCCUUCCGUCAGUGAAAUGAAGCUGGGAAGAGGGAGUGAGAAGAACAGAGGUUCACAGGCCUUAACCACUGAUGACAGUACUGCUGAACCAGAUGUGAGAUCAAACGUAACCUCCCUAAACAUAACCUCCCUAAACACACGAGUGGCUGAAGUCCCUGAUCUAAAAGUGAAUACAUUCACGGACAAAUCCUGUCUUAGUCUAGGCCCAAAAAUGCUGAGCAGGAGACUCAUGGGCGUCAGCGCAUCGCUGCCUGACAGCAGCACGCUCGGAGUCCCCAUCAAGCCAUCGGGGAAAAAGCAGCUGAAGUACCUGAACAACAGCGAGUUGAUCAACGUACAGAACAGCACCUGCAAUUCCGUGGAGAACAUCAUUGGGGAACAGCCGCCGCUGCUACGACGGGGCCGCAAGAGACGCUGCAAAACAAAGCACUUGGAGCACAACGGCUCCGUCAAAAGACUGAGGCACGUGGCAGGGGAGGUGGGCCUGCCUCCGGAGGUUCGGGACGUGGAGCAGAAGCUCCAGCAAGAGGAGGAGGACAGGAGGUUGGCCCUGCACCUGCAGCGGAUUUUCGACAGCGAGAACAGGACAGUGGAUAGACGGAAAGUCCGUGUGGACCGGUAUCUGCUGCGGUCCAAGAGCACUCUGGGUGCCAAGUAGCACUGCUGGAUGAUGUUGCCUUUCUAGAGGACAAUGAGGUUUAUCAGAUUAUCUUAUAGGAAAACUAUUUUUUGCCCUAGUUCCACCCACGCAAUUGUUUUUCUUUUUCGGUGGUAAGACAUUUCUAGGUCCAGUUCAGAGAAAAGCCAGCGUCCUUUCAGAUUUAAAAAAACAAAAAGAGAGAGAGAAUGAGAAAAAAAAUGCUCCGGUCCUCUCUGGUCCUUUGGUCUGAAGGAAUUGUCUGUCAUCCCUGUGAAUACACUGCAAGGCCUCCACACACAGCCUGGCACACCUGGGAUCCCCAGCUAGGAGGGUUGUGACCAUGGGGUAUGAGGACCAUCCCUUGCCAAGGGAAAUCUGAGCUCUGCUCAUGGAAAUUGUCUGAGAGUCUUCUCCUCUCUGCCUGCCCCAUUUUCUCCCUCAGGCUGCCUCUGGUUGUGGGGUCAGCCUCUUAUCUGUGCUCUGUAUUUCUUCUGGGGAGUCCUAAACAGAGUCCCCCCUAGUACUUCCAAAUGAAUGUAUCUCACUGUCUGCAGCAGCAGUACAGAUCAUUCAUCACUUUCUUGAAGCAGAAAGCCAAAUGCAGUAAAAAGACAUAAAAUAAGGAUUUUACUGAAAAACUGGUAGGAAUUUGUAAUCUCAUGUUCAUGACAGGGGAGAAAGCCCAGCUGGAGCAACACGCUGAGCACUGUGAGCUUUUCUCCCAGUGCAUGUCUUUUCCAAACCAAGAGGGUUUCCUGCUUUUCCCUAUAGUGUUCAAGAAAGGGAGACACUGGCCAGGGAGUUACUGGAAGGACGUUCUCCCAGCUGCCACAUCUCUUGCUCAGCUAAGAGCUCUCAGCACACCUAAGGCCUGUCCUUGCAUGUUCCAGAGGAGCACCCAAGAGAUCCAGCACGUUGCUGUGCUCUCCAGGCAGCCGAGAUGGGACAGGAGCCCAGCUGUCCCAAGGGCUGCCCUGCCCCUGGUCCACCUUCCUGCCUUCAGGCUCAAACCAGUAAGAAAGCUCAGGUGAGCGAUACACUAAAAACUUCCAGGCAUGAAGCUGAGGCUGGAGCAGAGCUGGCUCAGAGCCUGGGCUUGGUGGAGCAUGUGUUCUCUGCCCAGAUGUGCCAGGCUGCCCUCUGAGUGUUUAUGACCCUCUUCCAUGGAUUAAUUUAAUGGAUUAUUUCCAGUAACAUGGCUCAGAAGGUACCCUUCCAACUUCCAGUUGCUGCCUUGCAGAGUAUUCACUGGGACCCUGAGGCCAUGGGGACCUUUGUCUGGGGCAGGGGUGUUUUUGGGAUGGGCACAGUGCAGGGGCAAACUUCCCUAUGGAUCUUGUGAAGGGAGGGCAGCCAAUGCACAUAAAUGCACAUAAAAAGACAACUGCAUUGCCCAAUUUCCUCUAUCUAAAAAUGGUUGAAUUUUCUCCCUCCAUCUUAAACAGUCAAAAAGAAAACAGGAACUGCAAGGGCCCUGGCAGGCUUUUUUUUUUCCCUUAAUCGAACUGGAU